AUGUCUUCCAACGAGCCGAACAACAACUACUUGCAACGCCCCUCGCUCGGGAACAGGGACGACAGGCCGUCGUCGGAUUUCCUGGGUCAGGAACGUAACCGCAUCUCCAUCGAGCCGACCAACUACCUGCAGCGCCCUUCGCUCGGGAGCAGAGACGAAAGGCCGUCAUCCGAGUUUCUGGGCCAGGAACGCAACCGCAUCUCCAUCAUCGCGGAGGACUCGGACGAACGCACGUCGGGGUCGUCGCCGGAGCUGGAGCUGGAGGAGAAACCCUCCAUCCCGUCUUCGUACUCCGAGGAUGACGACGACGAAGAAGACGACGAUGAGAAGAUCCUCCCGGAGUCCCUCACGGAGGACUGGGAGGAGAAGAUGUCCCGCUUCUCACAGGCCAACACGCUCGAAGAAAAGCGCCGCCGGGAAUCGGAGAGGACGGUCGUCGGCGUCGCCCUCCCCGACGAAAAGGCCAGCCGCAGGAUAAGCACCGCGAGCGCGGCGUCGUCCGUCUCGCAGUGCUCAAACUGCGGCCACCACCGCCGCGCAUCGUCCGUGACGCUGGCGAGCCGCGCCAUGUCGCCCACGAACCCAAACCGCAAGUCUUCCGUCCAGCGUCACAGCUCCCUGCGGAUCACGCCGCGGGUGCAGCCCAUGUCGCCCACGGCGGCGGCCGCGUCCGAACAGCAACAGCAGCAGGGGCAGAGGGCGCUGCCGUUCGCCGUGAAGAGGGUGGCUUCGCACGCCAUGUCGGACGUGCAGACGACGCGGCACGUGUCGGGCGAGGGGAGCGCCUUCUCGGAGCCGCAUUCCGAGACGGCGUCGAUCAUUUCGUCCAUCUUCGCGCCGCCUCUGCGGCACCUGGCCAGUCAUCCGUCUCUGAACGGAUCGUCGCUGGGGUCGCCGAGGAGGGGCUCGAUCCUCACGCCGGUUGCUGAGCAGAGGCAUCCGGGUAAGGCCGGGGCGCGGAUCAGUCGGUUCACGAGACCUUUUGAGCCGGAUAUCGACGAGGACGAUGGCGAGGACUAUCUCCGGCAGGUGAGGAGGUUGGAGGCGUUGAGGGCGCAGCAGCGGAUUUCUCAGGUCCUUGCGGCAGACGUAUUCGCCGAUAGAGAGGACUGGGUUGAAGGGUGGCCGCUGGCGUUCAUUGUCAUGGGGAUCUGUCUCGUGGUGUUCUUGAUCUCUGUGGACAGGACGAUCAUCACGACUGCCAUUCCUUUCAUCACGGCAGAAUUCCAAUCGACGGCGGACAUCGGAUGGUACGGCUCUGCCUACCUGCUCACCUCUUGCGCGUUCCAGCCAGUCUUCGGCAAGGUCUUCACUUUGUUCUCGGUGAAAUGGUCGUACAUCUUCGCCAUGUUCAUGUUCCUGGGCGGUUCGCUCAUCUGCGCCCUCGCGCCAAGCUCGGCGGUGCUCAUCAUAGGCCGCGCGGUAGCUGGAUUCGGGAGCGCUGGUAUUCUCACGGGCAGCUUUCUCGUAAUUGCGACCGCUGUGCCCAUGCGCUUUCGGGCGGUCUACAUGGCCGUGGUCGGUUUAAUGUUUGGCCUUGGAGCCACUGUCAGUCCUCUCCUUGGAGGCGUCUUUACCGAUCUUGUGACAUGGCGUUGGUGCUUCUACUUCAACCUUCCGAUCGUAGGAGCCACCAUGGCAAUUUUCCUCCUAUUCUUCCACCCGAAGCGACUGCCUCGCCCAAGGAAGAGUUUCAUGGACCGCCUCAUGGAGCUGGACUCCGUGGGUAUCAUUCUCCUCCUGGGCGCCGGUGUCAUGCUCUUCUUGGCCCUCGAGCACACGAACCAAGGCGAGCCGUGGUCAAGCACCAGGAUCAUCGGUCUUCUUUCCGGCGCCGGCGCAACAGCUGUAGUCUUCGCGGCAUGGCAGUGGUGGAGGCAAGACGGCGCCCUCAUACCACCAGCCAUCAUCACACAGAGAACAGUCGCCGCCUCCUGCGUUGCGGCCUUUGCCACGUACGGGGCGCUGAUCAUCCACUCGUACUUCUUGCCCAUCUGGUUCCAAGCUAUCCGCGGUGAAGACGCGCUCUCUUCGGGCGUGGACAUGAUCCCCUACGUGGCCACCAUUGCGAUAUUCUCCCUGAUUUCAAGCGUCUUCGUCUCAAUCGUAGGCUACCCCGUGCCGCCGGCAGUCAUCGGCGGCGUAAUCGGUACGGCCGGCUCCGGCAUUCUGCGUUUGCUGACUCCGAACACACCGACAACUCACUGGAUAGGAUUCGAAAUUCUCGUGUCCGCCGGUUUUGGCAUGUCGAUUCAGCAGGGCUUCACCGCCGUCCAAGCCGUUCUCCCGCCGGAUGACAUCUCCAUCGGCACUGCCGCAGUGGUAGCAUCUCAGUCCCUCGGCGGCGCCAUUUUCAUAUCUGUUGGCAACACAUUGUUCCAGAAUCACCUGCUCCAAGCUUCGGCGAAGAGGAUAGUCCCCGGUGUCGACAUCCGCCAGGUUUUGAUGGCUGGCGCAACGAGUUUCCGGACGAUUGUUCCAGCAAACGCGCUGCCUCGGAUGCUGAUCGUAUAUAAUGACGCUUUGAGGGUUGCUUUCACCGUGGCCAUCCCAUUGGCCGGCGUGGCGACGAUUGCGGCGUGUUUUAUGGAGUGGAAAUCGGUAAAAGAGAAGAAAGCCAGAUAG